AGACCUUUCGGUGAGCAGCAGUCACCGGGAACAGAACCGGAAACCGACCGCGGAUCAUUUUUUUCUUUCUGUUCUGUUGCCGUGGAAACAUUUUCACCUUCACCUUCAUCUUCAUCACUGUGUUCUUCUUCUUCUUCUUCAUCUUUUUCUUCUUCUUCUUCUCCUCGUGCUGCUGGUUGGACAUGAAGCUGCAGGGCGCGAGACACUGAAGACCUGAGCAGCUCGUCUGACAGACUCGUCGUCAUGGCGACCUGGUGGCCCCGCCCCUCGCUCCUCCUCCUGGUGCUGCUCAUCCAAUCGGCUGCGUCCUCUCUUCCCGCCGAUAACGCCACGGAGGACCUGCAGGAUGUGACUCUGGCGGCCAUCUUGCCGUUGACGAACACGGACUACGCGUGGUCGUGGCCUCGCGUGGCGCCGGCGCUGCAGCAGGCGUUGCAGCGGGUGAACUCUGACCCCUGGCUGCUGCCGGGUCUGAAGCUGCGGCUCGUUCACGGCAGCUCGGAGAACGGCGACGGCUUCUGCUCCGACUCCAUGGCGCCGCUGGUCGCCGUGGACCUGAAGCUGUCCCACGACCCCUGGGCCUUCAUCGGGCCCGGCUGUGAUUACUCGUCGUCGCCCGUCGCCCGUUUCACCACGCAUUGGGAGGUUCCCAUGGUAACGGCUGGCGCCCGUGCCAUCGGCUUCGGGAUAUUCUCGGCGGUCACCAACACGGGGCCGACGCACAAGAAGCUCGGUGAGUUCGGCAUCAAGAUCCAGGAGACGUUCGGCUGGCGGAGGAACGCGAUGCUCAUCUUCAGCAACAACAAAGACACCAACGACGACCGGCCCUGCUUCUUCACCGUGGAGGGGCUCUACAUGUUGCUAGGCAACCGCAACAUCACUAUCCGCGACUACGCCAUCGAUGUCGACAACGUGGACUACAAGCUGAUGAUCAAGGAGAUCCGCGAGACCAGCCGAGUGGUGUACGUGUGCUGCUCCUGGGACAUCUUCAGGACUCUGAUGGUGCAGCUCUGGAAGGAAGGGGUGGAGCUGGAGACCUACGUUUUCUUCUUCAUUGAUCUUUUUGCGGAGGGUUUGGGGCGUCAUGGCCCCGUCCGGCCGUGGCACCGCGGAGACGCCAACGACUACGCUGCUCGCCAGGCCUUCAGAAGUGUGAAGGUGCUGACCUACCUGGAGCCGCAGAAUCCAGAAUAUCAUCAGUUUGUUGAAACUCUGAAGAGAGACGCGAAAGAAAUGUUCAACUUCACCAUCAAAGACUCUCUGUAUAACCUGAUAGCCGGAGGUUUCCAUGACGGAGUGAUGCUGUACUCUCAGGCUCUGAAUGAGACGCUGAGCGAGCAGAACUGGAGAGUAGGAGGAGGAGGAGGAGGAGGAGGAAUCCAGAGGCCCAGAGGAGACGUGGUGACCAAGAGGAUGUGGAACAGGACCUUCCCAGGCGUGAUGGGAGCGGUGGAGAUGGACUCUAACGGAGACAGACAGAUGGACUUCGCUAUGUGGGACAUGACAGAUUUAGAGUCUGGAGAAUUUCAGGUGGUGUGUGUGUAUAACAGCGGGCUGAAUCAGAUGGUCAUGCAGAAGGGGCGGAGCUUCCAGUGGCCCGGCGGAGCUCCGCCUCCCGACGUACCUGAGUGCGGCUUCAAGAACGACGAUCCAGCCUGCCUCACACGUACGAUUACGAUGCAUCAGAUGGUUGCCAUAGUGAUCUGCUUCGUCUUCGUCAUCAUCCUCACCAUCACCAUCUUCAUCUACAGGAAGCUGAAGCUGGAGAGCGAGCUGGCGGCUCAGCUGUGGAGAGUUUUCUGGGACGACGUCCAGAUGAGUAACCUGGAUAAAGUCCUGCGCAGAGCCUGCAGCAGACUGACCAUGUCUCUGAAGGGAUCAAACUAUGGCUCUCUCAUGACCAUGGAGGGAAACUUCCAGAUCUACACUAAAACUGGAUACUACAAGGGGAAUCUGGCAGCCAUCAAGUAUAUCAACAAGAAACGCAUUGAGCUGACCAGGACGGUUCUGUUUGAACUAAAACAUAUGCGUGACGUUCAGAACGAACACCUGACCCGCUUCAUCGGCGCCUGCAUCGACCCGCCAAACAUGUGCAUCAUCACAGAGUACUGUCCUAGAGGCAGCCUGCAGGACCUGAUGGAGAGCGAAAGCAUCACACUGGACUGGAUGUUCAGAUACUCCCUUAUCACUGACAUCGUCACGGGCAUGUUGUUCCUGCACAACAGCGUCAUCGUCUCCCACGGCAACCUGAAGUCAUCAAACUGUGUGGUGGACAGUCGCUUCGUCCUGAAGAUCACCGACUACGGUCUGGAGAAUCUACGAACCGCCAGCUGCCCCGAGGACACACACGCAUACUACGCCCGUAAGCUGUGGACGGCUCCGGAGCUGCUGCGGAUGGACUGUGCUCCUCCAUGCGGGACUCAGAAAGGAGACGUUUACAGUUUCGGGAUCGUCCUGCAGGAACUGGCUCUGCUGAAAGGAGUUUUCUACCUCGACACACACACUCUCACUCCAAAAGAGAUCAUCCAGGCGGUGCGGCAGGCUGGUGCCCCCCCCCUCCGACCCUCCCUCUGCUCCCACAGCCACAGCGAGGAGCUGGGAGUCCUGGUGCAGCGAUGCUGGAGCGAAGAGCCGAGCGACCGACCCGACUUCAGCACGGUGAAAAUACUGCUGAGGAAACAACACAGGGGUUACGGCUCUAACAUCCUGGACAACCUGCUGUCUCGUAUGGAGCAAUACGCCAACAACCUGGAGGAGCUGGUGGAGGAGAGAACUCAGGCUUAUCAUGAGGAGAAACGCAAGGCCGAGGCUCUGCUGUACCAGAUACUACCACAUUCUGUUGCUGAGCAGCUGAAACGAGGAGAGACGGUUCAGGCCGAAGCGUUCGACUCUGUCACCAUUUACUUCAGUGACAUCAUCGGCUUCACCGCCCUAUCAGCUGAGAGCACGCCGCUGCAG